AUGAACUUUGAGGACGUGGCCAUAGUCUUCUCUGAGGAGGAGUGGGGGCUCCUUGAUGAGGCUCAGAGACUUCUGUACUGCAAUGUGAUGCUGGAAGUGUUUGCACUUGUCUCAUCUGCAGGUUGUUGCCAUAACACGGAUGACGAGGAGACCUGUUCUGAGCAGAGCGUAUCUGUACAAGGAGAGUCACAGUUCAGGUCGUGUAAGACAGAGCCAGCAACCCAGAGGACCCAUCUGUGUAAGCGGUGUUUCUCUGUAUUAAAAGACAUUCUGCACCUGACUGAGUCUCAGGCAACAGACUUUGAGCAGAAAGCCUUCUUCAAUGACACACGUGUGAGAGGCUUCUGUUUCAGUGCAAACCCUCGCCAGCAAAAGAGGGAAGCCAGUGAAGAGAAGCCCUGGAAAGAAGCUGUGAACAGGACCUCGUUUGUGACCAGGUGCAGCUUCUACUUAUCAGGGCUGCGUUCAUCCAGGAGGGAGGUUGGGGAAGACUUGCCAGCCAUCUCAAAGCUUCUCGAGCACCAGGCCCCUCUCGACACCAAGGAGCCACACAUUGGCAGUGAAAUUUCCCUGAAACAUCGCAGUGGAAAUCAUAACCAGUGGGGUCAAUGUGAAAAUACUGCCAGCAACAACCAGAAUGUUAUUCAACAGAGCCUCUACUUUGGGGGAGUAAAAUAUGAAUGUAACAAAUAUGGAAAUAUUUUUAGAGGAAUCUCUAGCCUCAUUCAACAUAGGAAAGUUCACAGUGGAGAAAAGUCAUAUGAGUGUAGUGAUUGUGGGAAGACUUUCAGUCAGAGGAACAACCUCACUGACCACCAGAGAGUUCACACAGGAGAAAAACCUUAUGAGUGCAGUGAAUGUGGGAAAUCUUUUAGAUGCCGUGGUCACCUUUUUACCCAUAGGAGAAUUCACACUGGAGAAAAACCUUAUGAGUGUAGUGAAUGUGGGAAGUCCUUCAGACAAAGAACUACCCUUACUAAUCACCAGAGAAUUCACACUGGAGAUAAACCUUAUGAAUGCAGUGAAUGUGGGAAAUCUUUUAGAAGUCAUAGUAACCUUUUUACCCACAAGAGAAUUCACACUGGAGAAAAACCUUAUGAGUGUAGUGAAUGUGGGCAGUCCUUCAAAAGGUGUACCCUCACUAAGCACCAGAGAGUUCACACUGGAGAAAAACCUUAUGAAUGCAGUGAAUGUGGGAAGUCCUUCACACAAAGGUAUACCCUCACCGAACACCAGAGAGUUCACACUGAAGAAAAACCCUAUGAGUGUAGUGAAUGUGGGCAGACCUUCAGACGAAGGAAUUGUCCCGGAAAUCGCUGCAAGCACCUCCGAGAUAAAGCCGCCUUCGAGUUCCGACCAAUGCCAGACAGUCCAGUUUCUCCCAUGAGGGAGGUUGAGGAAGACUUGCCAGCCAUCUCAGAGCUUCUCCAGCCCCAGGCCCCUCUCGACACUGAGGAGCCACCCAGUGGCAGUGAGAUUUCCCUGAAACUUCUCAGUGGAACAGGUCAUAAACAGUGGGGUCAAUGUGAAAAUGCUGCCAGCCACAACCAGAAAGUUGUUCAAAAGAGCAUCUGCAAGGGAGAAGUUAAUUAUGCAUGUAACAAAUCUGGAAAAAUUUUUAGAGGAAUCUCUAGCCUCAUUCGACAUAGGAAAGUUCACAGUGGAGAAAAGCCAUAUGAGUGUAGUGACUGUGGGAAGACCUUCAGAUAUAAGAGUAACCUCAAUCAACACCACAGACUUCACACUGGAGAAAAGCCCUAUGAGUGUAGUGAGUGUGGCAAGACUUUCAGUCACGGGUCCAACCUCACUGUACACCAGAGAGUUCACACUGGAGAAAAACCUUAUAAGUGCAAUGAAUGUGGGAAGUCCUUUAGACAAAUGUAUGCCCUCACUGAACACGAGAGAAUUCACACUGGAGAAAAACCUUAUGAAUGCAGUGAAUGCUCGAAAUCUUUUAGAUUACAUAAUAUCCUUUUGAACCACAAGAGAGUUCACACUGGAGAAAAACCUUAUGAAUGCAUUGAAUGUGGGAAGUCCUAUAAGGGAAGGUUUAACUUCACUGAACACCAGAGAGUUCACACUGGAGAAAAACCUUUUGAAUGCAGUGAAUGUGGGAAAUCUUUUAGAUGCCGUGGUAACCUUUUUAUACACAAGAGAGUUCACACAGGAGAAAAGCCUCAUGAAUGUAGUGAAUGUGGGAAAUCUUUUAGCAGAAAAUCUCACCUCCUUAGACACCUGAUUGUUCACAAUGGAGAAAAGCUUUAA